AUGUGCGCGGCGGCGUCGCCCAAGAGCGGCUCCCUGGUGGAGAGGUUCAAGGAGCUGAUCAUUGCGGGCAUGGACCCUCAGGAGCCGGAGCAGCGCGGGGAUCGCCGCGGCAAGGCCGACCACCAACAGCCAUCCGAACCCAUCGGUUUCACAUUCCAUGACAAUGCGGGCCGCCUGUGCAUCCCUGUCAUCCUCUUCAACGUGUCCGCAGGCCCCUCCAGCCUUGGUCGCAAGGUCCUGCGCAAGAUCAUCACAACGCGCCAUGAGCUGGCUCAUGAAUACAAUGCGUACCUCUCAGUGCUUGCCAUCUCGGAUGGACAUGGGUCAAUCGCGCCUCAAACAAAGAUGCCGAGGAACAUUGCAGUGCAACAGGGCCUGUCAGACACGGUCCUCAAUGAGGUGCUGGAGUGCACAGAGCAGGGAACCUCUAUGGCCGGCAACGGCUACAGCUCCAUUGAUGACGUCAUCGAGAUGGCUGGUCAGGCAGGGUGUUGUGUGCUAGAUGUGGGGGAUGCGAAGCCCCACAAACGAGCGAAGGCGUUCCUCUCAGGCUUGCUGAAUGCUGGAUCGAGGGGCUAUUUCGGUGUGGUGAUCGCCAAUCGGGAAGGCGAGGAGUUGGACAGGCUGAAGGGGGCUUUCACUGAGCUGUUGGUGCUGGAAGAGGAAUCGGAUGAGUGGGACGUGGUACGGCGCGUGGUGGAGUGGUAUCCCACCAUCGAGUCGGUGGCAAGAGCAGAGCCACAAAAGACAGAUGCCUUGAGGGAACCCGUGCCUUCCGAGGGGCAGGUGACGGAGGUCUCAGUGCACAGACCCACCAACACCUCCCCCGAUCUCAUGGCGGACCUGAUGGCGACGGUGGCAAAGGACCCGCCCGGCGUGCUGAGCCGGAUAAAGGGCGGCGACGUCCAGACGUGCCUGGCUGCCGCCAACCUCUUCACGUCGCUCAAUGGGAAUCCGAACGACCUGCUAGAGCAGUACUUUGAGCUUGGGCUGGCAGGAGCACUAAUGGAGCAGGCUUCCAUGGCUAGGUCGGAACCCAGAAACAACCAGCUGUGGAUGGCGAGCCUGGCGUGUGCGAUCGCCUUCGCGAACUUUGACGACAAAUUGGGGGAGGACAUACAGGAUGAGUUGGUCAUCGAGGAGGAGCUUAACAGGGAGCUUCGGAUCGCCGCCCAGUCCAGGCACAUCCCCGUGCGCAAGGUCGCCCGCAGCGGCAUCGCCAUGCUGGACAGCAACUACGGCAUGUGGCGCCAGUUCUGCGACAACGCCGCCUGCGACAGGGAGGAGACAAUGCCGCGGGAGUUCAUGUUCUGCCGCGGCUGCAAGUGCGCCGCGUACUGCAGCCGCGAGUGCCAGAAGGCGGACUGGCGGCGGCACAAGGCGGAGUGCGGAAGCUUUGCGAGCCUGUGA